AUGGCGGUGAGUUUUUCAGUUAAUUUGAGUGAAGAAGACAUUGCCGUUGCGUCUUUAGAGGGAAGAAACUCAGCAGAGCUCCACAACGAUGGCCUGAGGUUUUGCUUAAAAUGCCGGGGAGACAAGUGCAAAGGGCUGAAAACAAAGGCUCAGCUGUUAAAACGGUAAGUUUAAAUGUACCGAGCAAUUGCCACAUAAUUAGCAGUACUUCUUAACUUCUUCUGUUGAGCGAGUGAAGAAUAGUGUGCUUUCGAUAUACGAAAACUGAUUUUUCUCCGGGGUCGAUGAAUAUAUAAAAUCUGGUUCAAAAGACGCGAUAGUCGAUCGAGAUCCGGAAUUAAUCUACACGAAAAGAGAAAAAUUGCUAGAGAACAAAAAAACAGCAGCAAAGAAGAGACUGUUGCAAGAACCUCGAACGCCAGCUCUACCACUGUUUCCCAGCUUUAA